CUCAAGCCAGCCCUUCCGGUCAGAAAGCAAAUGAAUAAUCCGACUUUGAAAGAGUGAUGUUUAUAGAUGUGAAUAAGGAAGUGAAGUAGAUGAUGUUUUGAACAUUUUUCUAGUUAUAAGAAGCUAUUUUAGUCUCAAGUUAUUGAUUCUCAAGUUAUUGCCUUAGUUGGUGCUAAAAUUUUGUAUUUUGUCUAUUAAAACAAGCUGUUGUGAUGGUGGUGAGUCUUUUGUUCGAGAAGUAUUUGCUGAUGGCAUUUAUUGGAUACUGUCGAUUUUCGCAAGUUAUAGGUUGCAACAAAAGUCUUGGUAUGGAAAGUGGUGCAAUAAAGGACAGCCAAAUCAGCAAUGGGGGUGCUAUCAGCGAUAACAGACCUCAGCAAUCUAGAUAUAAUGUCGAGUCUGGAUGGUGUACACGUGGUGGCUCUGAUUAUGACAACGGUGUUUUCAAUCAAAAUUAUUACUUGCAAGUCGAUCUUGGUGUUGAUCAUACAAUUUCAGGUAUUCUUCUACAAGGACUAAAGAAUUCAAGUGUCUACUCAUAUGGAACCAAGAUUAGAAUACAGUGGAGGGACAAUGCAUCUACUGCUUUUGGAUACUACAAAGACGGGGCUGGAAAUGUGGAUCUUUUGACUCAAAAUUUGAAAAAUAACAAGGCAGAAUUGUUGUCCUUUAAUCCACCAUUAUGUGGACGAUAUCUGAGGUUGUUGCCUCUUUUCAAUGCAAAUCCAAAGUGUAUAAGAUUGGAAGUUCUUGGAUGUUUAGGGUGCUCCUCUAAUAAAAUUUCAACCACCAAGCCUGUGACUAACAUCAAACAAUUAACCACAAUUGUCCCGAGGUCAUCAGUUUCCAGCACUGUGGAUACACAACAGACAAAUGCCACACCAACCAUUGUUUCUUAUGACCAAGAGAAGAAUCCAAAUUUGAUGCUGAUAAUCAUACCAGUUGUGGUUGUUAUUGUUUUGGUGGUGAUAGGAAUAAUUUUGUAUUGGCGCAGAUCAAAAAUAAGCUCCUGUUUCCAGAGUCAACAAAGCACACCAAAAAAUAAGUUUCAUGUUAAAAUUGAGGCUACAUACUCCAUGGUUAAUCCCAAAGACGAGCCAGAACGACUGUCUCUAGUUAUGGUGGAAGAUGCUGAAAGAGCAGCAGAAAUAGGCGAACAGUUUGCCAGUUAUAGUGAAGUUUAUGCAGCACCAGUUAUAGAGAAGUUUAGCAAAUCAAACGGUAGGACGAACAAUAACGCUGCUGUUAUCCCUGAUGCAGGUAAUAUCUAUGAACCAACUGUUGAGUACUCUCAGCCUGAUGAUGAUGGUUUCAGCUGUAAUCGUGAGCCAAUUUAUGCUGGUUCACAGAUAUAUGAGAACCCAUAUCAGGCUGUAACAGGCUCUAGUUUAUACGCUGAUCCUAGCAUUAUAGGUGAGCACACCAUUGUUAGAAUACCAGAAUUUCCUCGACACCUGUUGAACUAUGUAGAAAAAAUUGGAGAGGGACAGUUUGGGGAAGUGCAUAUAUGCGAGGUAGAGGAUCUAGAUGACGUCAUUCAAAGCACUAAGAGAUUCAGUUCCUCAUUCGGAGCCCUGACGAAAGUUGCUGUGAAGACAUUAAAAACCGGAAUGGAAAAAUCAGUUGAAAACGAAUUUAUGAAAGAGACAAAUGUAAUGGCUAGAUUAGAGCACGUGAAUGUUGUUCAGCUAAUUGGGGUUUGCUACGAUGAACCCAAGUGUAUGGUAGUUGAAUACAUGGAGAAUGGGGAUUUAUUGCAAUUCUUGCAGCAUGUUAGCCUUGGCAACUGCAAUGCAAAUGGAAUCAGGACUAGUCAAAUAACUGGAGAUCUCCUAACAGACGAGUCUCUUUUUUACAUUGCAAAGCAAGUGGCAGCAGGAAUGGACUAUCUUUCAUCUAAGGGUAUUGUACAUCGUGAUCUUGCAACUAGGAACUGUUUGGUUGGUAAAGCAUUGACAGUGAAAAUUGCUGAUUUUGGGAUGUCGCGCUACCUUUACUCAAAGCAGUAUUACAGAAUAGAGGGCAAGGCUACAUUGCCAAUCAGAUGGAUGGCGCCAGAAUGUCUAUACUUCGGAAAGUUCACAUCAAUGACUGAUGUUUGGGCAUUUGGAGUGACAGUUUGGGAAAUAUUCAUGUUCGCAUCUGAACAGCCUUAUCAAUUGCUUUCGGACCAGCAAGUUAUUGAUAAUGCACUGUCCAUGCUUGAGGAUUCCAGGAAGCAAUUUAGAUAUCUCCCGAGACCAGAUGCCUGCCCCGAAGACGUUUUUUCUCUUCUAAUGAGAUGCUGGGCAAAACAACCCAAUGAAAGACCUUCUUUCGUAGAGCUUUUUGAUUUUUUUAAAGAGCUUUCUGUAGACGUAGUUGAGGCCAAUAUUUAGGAGGGAGUACGUUGCUUGGUUAUAUAAUUGUUCUCGUGUGUUGUUAUUUGAAACCAGCAUUUUUUAAAGACUCAUUGCUAACAAUGAACCUUUGCGACUGUGGCAAAUUAUCCAGGCGACAAUCCAAACAAUGGCAGUAAACUUCUACUGAUUAACCAUAAUUGAUUUCAGACUGUCUGAAAAUGCAUUAUGGGAUGCUUGCGUUGCGCAAUGGCUUAUUGUUAGCAAUGAGUCUUUAAGUACCGCAUCCUUAGGGUACAUCUUUACUUCCAACAUAGGUUGAAGACGUGUUGCAUGUGUAGCUAAAACAUCAAGCAUUAUGUUCAAUGUUCAUUUACAGAGUUCCCUUCCUUACUAACCAGUGUCAGUAGCAUAUGCUGUAAUAUACUCCAUAUUCAGGAUCUGUAAACAAUGUAUACGCAAGAUUUGUCACAUUGCUGAUGCGCGGACGAAUAUAAAUAUGCUCUAGUAGAUGUUCUUUGUACACCUGAAUAUUACGGCCCGUUAGGCGUCUAUUUACGUGUCAAGGAAUAUCUGCGUGAUUAUCGAUUUGGCCCUAUUUUAUUGUCUUUUGGCGGGGUUAUGCUACCUAGAAGAUACCUACGUUCAAACACCCUGGAAAGAUUUAAUUUUUGUGGUAUAUUGUUCUGUAUAUUCUACCAUGUCGAAAAUAACCUUUCAAAUGAAUAACGAGGUAGGUGUUUUUAUACAAACAAAUAGAAAUACUGCAAUUUGGAGCAUGCCAAGUUGAAUCAUAUGCUGUUAAACAAAGCUGAGUAUGUGAAUGAUUCAAAACUAUUGUGAAUUUACGGCAUGUUGUUUUUAUAGUAACGUAUUUAGAAAAAGCUUGAAGCGUUAAAGGUUGUGUAUAAUAUCAGUUUCAGUAGAAUUGAGCAAAAUUGUUCACAUGUUAAGUAAUAAUUAUUCUAUCAUUAAUUAAUUUGAUCAAGAUCAACUUGUUGCAUCAGCACAUUGAUUUUGAGCCAUAUGUGUUUCUGAUAACUUUAUAAUAAUAACUCCUUCCAAAAUUAUCUGUUAGUGCAGAAAAGGAAGAUAUUCGGUUUUUGAAGGCUGCGACGAGUUCGUGGAAAGAUACUGCAACGCCCACGGAAUAUUAUGUUCGGAUUAGCUUACUGGCUAGAAGAAGGGCGUGCUGUAAUGUGUUUCUAUCAAUGCAAUCCAUGGUCGAUUCUUCUUUUACAGAAAAAGGGGUUUACAGAAAAAAAUUUUUAACUCAAAAACCCGAUAUCUUGAACUUUCGCUAAGACGAACUGAUAUUCUGACAUUCGCACCUUUUUCAGUGAAGAACGAUAUAGGCACUGCUAUUUCAGUAUCUUUUAUUCUUUUUUUAUUUAGUUGUUGUUGUUGUUGUGGUUUACAUAAAAUCGUUUCUAAAUAACUCGAACUAAACUUUUUUCUAAUGUUCGAGUUAACGACGUUCUUGAUUAUCGAACAUUCGAUAAUUCAAACCAUUUCAUUGAUCCUUUUGAGGUUCGUUUGUUCAGAUGUAUACAAAUUUUUUUAAAUCAACGAAUUUCUGUAAAAAUGUAGUUCGUAGUUAUUCGAAAUUCUCAAUAGUCAAUUUUUUAUUCAUAAGCCGUUUUUUAAAAAAAUAUUUCUUAUCACAGAAGCAUUUUUUGCAUUUUUGUAGGCUGCGUUUGUCAAACAUAGCCAUGGUCAUUUUUCUUGUUGUUCUCUACUGGUUUGGUUAUCAUUUGUACAAAAUUCCUUUACCAAAUUUGUAAUAUGUAAUAUCAAAGUUAUAAUGUGAAAAAGGAGAUUUUCGUAAAAAUGCUUUUUUAUCUGUCGUUGCCCUGCAGUAGGGAAAAUAGCGUUUGGCCAGUCCUUAAUUAAUAUAAUUAAUUCGUCCCAUUUUGCAACUGAAUCGUGAUUAGACCAAUGUACUUUGCU